AUGUCGACUCCUCGAAAUCACUCAUCUGGCCUCGUAUCAGACUCGCACAUACAGCCGCAAUCAAUCUCUGCUACCUACGCCGAUCCUUCUAGCAACUAUGAGGAGACACCUGAGAUGCCAGUACUGCAAGACGCACCAUAUGUGACGUCUCCUUCCCUGGUCUACGCUUCCGAUACCCAGAAUCAUCUCCCAAACAAUUGCUCCCAAUCUCUGAGCUCCUUCGCAGGGUUCCCGCCUGAGGACAUUUUAAAGGACGAUUCGUUCGCUCCGUAUGACGAUACGAAUUUUGACUGGUUCAUGCAAGCGGCGCCCGAAACACAGAACUUGGGAUUUUUUGAGAUGCCCUUCGAUUCGGCGAACAGCAAUUUGUUCCCUCAUAAAGUCACGCAGAAUGCUCAGAACCCUGCAGCCAUGUACCAUGAAAGCGAGCCUGCGAAGGAGAACUGGUUACUGAAUGGCACAGCCAGCGCGGGAUGCCCGUCAGCGAUACCGCAACUGAGCGUCAUUCGUGUUAAUCCCUCGCAAACAGGCUUUUAUUGUCAAUUGGAGCGAUUGACCGAAUCAGAUAGGGCUAGGGUACAACAAUCCAUCAGGCUGGCUCUUGAAAGACCUCUCUGGACACCCAUUUCUUUGGAAAAUUUCCCGUCAAAGGAAACUCUGGACCAUUGCGUUGAUCUGUUCUUCGCGAACUGGAAUCCGAUCGUCAGCUUCAUCCACCGGCCAACGUUCAACCCUACAACCGCACCUGAAGUGCUCCUAAUUUCCAUGGCGUGUAUUGGUGCGCGCUUUACCAAGUUCAGCGGUGCUCCGGGUUUUUCCAGUGCUUUGGCGGAAUUAGGUCGCCGCCUUUUGAUUGCAACGGUCGAACGGAGCCCGGAAGUUGCCAGAACGGAGACCUACUUCACAUCACAACUACUACUUGGCGUCUAUGGCUACUGCAGUGCUGACAAAACAUUAUUCACCUAUAUUGACUCGCUACGGGGCAUCCUAGUUCGCAAUGGAAAGCUCAUCGGUCUAUUCCGAGAUCCUCCUACGCGAGUAUCCGACUCCAGCGGCAACAAAACGGAAAGUCAGUGGAUGACCUGGGUUGCUGCUGAGCGCUGGAGGAGGAUUGGGUGGGCGGUAUACGAAUUCGACGCCUCAGUCAGCUUUUUGCACAACCAGCGGCCACUGUUCAGCACGGGCGACAUGAUGCUCAGCCUUCCAAGCGAUGCCUCCUGUUGGGACGCUCCCUCGGCUCAUUCCUGGAUGGCUCUGCGCUCCCAAGGCUCGGCCGACAAUGUGCUGACCCACUUCAGACUGGCAGUCCGGAGCACCUUCGACACCAGUCUCAGCGAGGAUUUUCAGUUCAAUGACGGGCAACACCUGCAUCUCAUUGUAUUGACGCUGGCUCGCUUUCUCUGGUCAAUCAAAGAGCUCCAGGCGUCUCCCCUCCAGGAUGUUGUGCCUGAACAAUGGCCGUUCCUGGCGCAUAAGAGCAACCUCUUGGAUAAGCUCGAUAGCUAUUUGACGCCAUUGAGCAUUGCCCGAAUGUCUGGGAACGAUCAAGAGCUUCGGCAAGCCGUUGCCAGAGCCCUAAUGAUCCAUAUCUCUCAUCUGUAUGGUGCCAAUGACCUUAUGGACUGGCUUCCUGGCCUGCUCCGGAGCGCAGGAAAGAGCGAGAUGAUCAAAGAAAGGAUGAAGACCUGGGGCAAGGAGGACCCCGUUCGGCUGAGAAGAGUGAUCUACCAUAGCGCCCAAAUCAUUGCAAUAAGCCGAGACUUCCCGUUCAACGCUCCAUAUGAACCUUUUUUCGUCUUUCAUGCAGGAGCUGCGCUGUGGUGUGCAGCCCAGCUUCUGGGAGAGGCUCCGACAGAUUCUGAAAGUGACAACUCUGUCAACCUGUUAUUCCUAGAUCGACACAUUACCGAUGGUGAUGUCGACUACUUCAAGGUCUUGAAGUGGAUUCGUGAAGGCGGUAGCGUGGUUAUUGGCUUGCAUGGUGUCCCUAUCCUGGGAGCCCAGUCCAGUCACGUCCAGGUGAUGGAAGAAACGGUCCGAAUUCUUCGCAAUAUGCGGGUUUGGGCUCUAUCGGGCGCGUUCAUCGAUGUUCUGCGCCGGUUCAUUUGA